GAAUGCUUGCGCUAUGGAUGGUUGACAAUCAGACCUGCACCAAAGCGCGGGCAUUAUAACCCCGAACUCUUUCCCUUGUCGCCGGCAACCAUCGCGCGCUGUCGCGAGCACAUUGAGGUGAAAACUGUGUACAUCUCCGAGCCGGAGCACGCUACCGCACGCUCAGAGCAUGCUCUCUGUCAGCGGCACCAGACUCUCAACUUUAUGCUGCCGAGGAAGGCUCGCGACGCUCUACGUGCUGAAGGAUACACGGCGGAACUCCGAGGGCCGGAUGAGGACCAUCCGACUACUCACUGGCUCACGCUUUGCCACGACGACCACAUGAUCGCCAUCGAAUACCGACAUACUCUCAAGGACGAGGACGAUGGUCAGCGGUUGAAGAUCAAGGCAGACGUCAAGGUAUUGCGAGCCGCUCUUGGCUCCGCUGGGAUAAUAGAAGGGGAUUCUACCUCUGUACAGUGGUCGAAUAGGGGCGGUGUGCGGUAUCAGCCAUGGCUCUUGUCGCUGUCCAAGAAGAAUGUCGCCUUCACUCUCGCCGCAAUGCACCUCACCAUGCAGCUCGGCUUCAACUGGGCAGCGCCAUCGCAUUACAUCCUGCGCGUCGAAGUCGUCACCGAGACGCUGCAGGACACAGCUCCCACGUCGCUCGAGUCGGCCCAUGCAGAAGAGCUUCAGGCGUCGGGCGCUGACGAUGAAAAGGCCGCGCAGGAUAUCGAGGCCGAGGCCGAGGGUAGCGGAGUCGGCGAUAGUAGCACCAUUGACGAUGCACGUCUUGCGCGGGGGGGCCGGAGGCAGGCUUCGGAGGGCAGCGCGGAGCGCGCUCGGAGUCGUAUGGCGGGGAAGUCGAUGGCGACUUGGAGGGCAUGGGAGGCGUGUCGCUGGGACUGCUUUCCCGACGACUCCAAGGUUGAUGACCAACGACUCCAAGGUUGAUGACCAAUAUCUUGGUGGACCACCGUAUGUUUGUUCUGUGUGUAUUCGCCUUAGUAACGUCGCGUUCCGGCCCCUUUACCUGAUGUGUACCUCCACCUAGUCUCGAUGGCAAUCGCGCCUGACCGGGACGACCGGAGAUUUGUACAUACCUUCUGACAAU